AUGGGACUUCGUGGGCGCUACUUUGAAGAUGAUGGAAAGAACCACACGCUCGGUGUUCUGUUAUUUACCCAUUUAUUCGGCUUCAUGAGUGAAUGGAGCAAGCACAGACUUGACGGAAACGAGACUAUCGCAGCGCUUGAUAGGCUAACCAUAGAUGAAAUCGCUAAAUCACCGAGUUAUUCGAUGCCCAGAACUGGCGAAGAUACUCGUUUAUUUAAGGACCUUCUUCUCGAAUAUACUGGUGAAGAUGCAAAGACCAAGAAACCUGGAAAAGUUCGGGGGAUGGUUGAUUAUAUUCGAGAAGCAAACCGGAAGUCAUGA